GCUCCUUUUGUUGGGGUUCAAGUUGUCGAAAGUCCUUCCACUUUCGCGCCCCUUGGCCUCGUUCUGACUUUGCCCAUCCCCCCUUUGCUCAGCUGAAUUAACAUCUUGCCACCCUUCCUUCCUCACCACCGUUACGAAGGACCUACAUAUAACAGAGGCCCAGCACCGCCAAGCCAAUCCACCUACCUUCAUUCAAACUUCUCGUCGUUAUGUCGGUCACAUUUACAGAAGCAUGUCCCGUGUACAGCCCGUUCUUCGGAGCGAUGGGAUGUACAGCAGCCAUUGUCUUCACCUGCUUCGGUGCUGCAUAUGGAACAGCUAAAUCUGGAGUGGGAAUCUCGAUUAUGGGUGUCAUGAGGCCUGAGCUCAUCAUGAAGAACAUCGUUCCCGUCGUCAUGGCUGGUAUCAUUGCUAUUUACGGACUCGUGGUGUCCGUUUUGGUUAGCGGUGGACUACAACAGAAAAUGUCCUUAUUCGCGGGUUUCAUUCAAUUCGCCGCCGGACUCAGUGUCGGACUGAGUGGUUUGGCUGCCGGAUUUACCAUCGGUGUCGUCGGUGAUGCCGGUGUGCGAGGAACCGCACAGCAACCCCGUCUCUUCGUUGGAAUGAUUCUGAUUCUCAUUUUUGCCGAAGUGUUGGGUCUUUACGGACUCAUCGUCGCCCUUAUUUUGAACACUAAAGCCGAUCCCACCGCUGGGUGUGCCUGAUUUAAGAGAUACCACUUAUCCUUCUCCUGCCCCCCCUCCCUUCCACCCCACCGUUGCCUGUG